UGUAGGUUAUUGUUUGUGGUGUCUAUUUCUCAUUGGUAAACAUGGAACUUGUGGAAAAAUAUGUAAACAAACAUGCCUCUGUGGAUUACAAUUCAUCUGCAGAUGAAUGUUUGACACAUCAGUUUAAAAGUCUAAUGACACAGUGUCAAAGUCAUAAUAAUAAUAAAAUAAAAAGUAAUCAACUUCCAAAGAUGGUAAAGAAGAUAAAAUUGGCUAAUGAGAUAUUCAUGUUAUUAAAAAUGAAAGGCAUUGCUGAGCAAAAGGCAGUACAGUGGAACAGUGAGAAGGCCCAGCUCAGAGAAGACUUAGAUAGGUUUGGAGAGUCGCUUAUGGUAGCAGCUACCACUUCUGAAGAACAUGAUUCUGAAUUGGAUGAACUAAGGAAGAAGGUAUUGAUGCUAGCUGAACAGAAUAAGUUAUUAGAAGAAAAGCUGCAGGAAUGUGAGGAGAGGAGCAGGCUCAGGGAACAACAUGUGACCUGUUUAGAAAGCAAGGUGGGAUACAGUGAGGAAAUAGAUGUCCCAGUAAAUGUCUGCCCUGUUACUGAACAAGAGGUAAGAGAUAGGGAACUAGGCACAAGGCCACAAACAUUAUCUAGUCCAUCUCUCUUUAGCCCCCAAUCAGAAUUCACCAGACAAAGAGUUGAUAAUACAUCUAUACCAACUUAUAGAAAUAACCCUGCUGAACCAGCAAAACUCAAAAUACAAGGGGCCUGAUUCACUAAAGCCCAAGAUGUUAUAAAUUUGACCCAAGUAUUAGGAAAGUUUGAUACUAAUACAUCAGCCAUCAGCAUUUCCAAUAAAUUGGAAGCUGUGAUCAAACAAUAUAACUUGGGAAAUAAGGAUGCAUGUGCCUUGCUUAGAGCAUGGCUUCCUUAUCAACUGGCUACAGAACUUAGGCAUCCAGUUGGUAAGCCCAGUGAAGUGUUAGCUGAUGUCAUUGAAAACUGGGGAGAUGCCAGGGAUAGGUUAAGAGAAUUGCAAUGUAUUAUGGGUGGGUGUGAUACAAGAGGUGCAAAUGCACUAGAGAAUGCAAGGUAUAGGAGAGGAGAUGACGCAAUAUUAUUUUGUACGGAUUACCUCUCUCUAUAUAAAGUUGUAUUUAACUACCCUGAUAUGUUGUCUGAUGACACAAAUUUCCUUUAUUCAAUGGCUAACAAAUGCUGUGUUGAUUACAAUACAAAAAUUGCCCUCAGAUAUGCCAGCUCUUACAACACCUUUGUAAAUGUACUUAGGGAUUGGUCGCAGGAUUCAUUUGAAUCCCAGAGACAUAUUUCUGUUGUAUCCACAAACCACCAACACAGGAGAUUUUCAAGACGAUGUUUUGGUUGUGGAUAAUCUGGUCAUAUUGUUAGAUUUUGCAGGAGUUCUAUGAAACAACAUGCUUCUUGUACUUACUCAUGUCAUUCAGUACAGAGACAAGAGGGGGAUGUAAAGCAAAAUCUAAAUAAUGAUCUCCUUGGCCACAGCCCUUCCCCGGAGCAUGAGACUGUUGUCCCCUCUGAGAAUACAGGCACAGAUCCCACAAUUACAGACAACACAGGAGACCGAAAACAAAGCCAAAAUGAGCCCAGAAGGGAAUUCCACACCCCUUCUUAUAAAACGGGGAAAGAAGGGACAACUUUCCCAUCCUUUAUGCCUUGGGUGAAUAUUCCACUCUGGCUUUACAGCACCUGGUCACAUAUUGCUAUGCAAAUGCUAAUGGCCAACUUAGCACAGUUUGCCCAGUGUGUAUCAAACUGA